AUGAAGUCCGACGUCUCCAAGUCCGUCAACUACUAUUGCGGAUCGACAGCCACUGAGGACCAGGCGUCGGCAGCGACAGUGCUCAGUGCGUAUUGUAGCCAGGAUAAGCUUCCCGAGUUUCCAAAGCCGUCGAUUUCUGUGACACAGUAUAUUACUGAUGUGCCGGAGGUGGCCGCGUUGGCGCCUUGCGCGUUUACUGCGCUUGGGUAUGCAGUCAAAGCAGUGGGACGCGAACGAUGCCCUUCGGACUUGGCAGCCUAUGCCACUUGCGCUUGCCAGAAAAAUCAGAACUCUCUGCUGGCGAGCCAACUCAUCAACUCAUCGGUAAAGUACUACUGCGAAAGCCACACGGCCGAUGUCUCGUCGGCUCAAGGGAUGUGGUCCGCGUGGUGUAAACUGAACGAUGGCACUUCAGCGUUUCCUAAGCCAAGUAACCCUCCCGGCGAUAUGACGUACUAUAUCAAGGACCUGCCACAGUACAGUUCAUUGGCUAAAUGUGCUGCUUCGGCCGUAUCCUAUGCCGUUCAAGGGCAAUCUCGCAAGCUAUGUCCGGAUGGCUCCCAGGCACUUGCGUCAUGUGUGUGUCUGAAGGACCAAAUGCUUGUGGAGGUGACAAGUUCCAUUACCGCAAGCGUCAAAUACAGCUGUGGUUCGACAGCAACUGACGAUAUUUCAUCGGCAAUGGCUGUUCUGGACUUGUACUGCAGCGCCGCCAACAACAAGCUCGUCGCGAAUGGGGUUACCGCCUCGGCAUCCCAGGCAGACCCAUCACCAACCGCUCAGAGCGGUAGCAGGGUCGACGGUGGUCCCCAGGCUACUGCCAGCGGUGGCAGUGGUUCUGGAUCUGGUUCCGGCACUGGUAGCGAUUCCAACAAUGGCAGUUCAGGAGGCGCUGAUAACGGCGGGAGCGGUAGCGGCAACACCGGUAACAAGCCUUCCAACACCGCGGCUAUUGCUGGCGCUGUCGUGGGCGUACUCGUCGGAUUGGGCAUCAUUGGUGCUCUCCUCUUCUUUUUCAUCCGGAAGUCAAAGCAGCGCAAGGCCACGGAGCAGGCCAACUCCGCGAAUGCCGUCAAUGAUUUCGUUGCUGGAGGAGGCAAGCCCGAACUUGCUGGCAAUCCCGUUGUUGGUGGCGUUGCUACCGCCGCCGCCGUCCCGCCCUCGCCGCCAAGUCGUUCCACAAGCAUGCUCAAGGAUGGAAAUCGAGUCGAUACCGUGUCUCCAGUGUCGGCUGGUGCUGGCGGGUUUUCGCCUCCCCCGUUGACGGCCGAGCUCCAAGGCCAGGGACCUCCGCAUCCGCUUAAUAGCACGGAGCUACACGGCCAAGGAGCACAACGUCCGUUCCAUGAUGCUGAACUCCAAGGUCAAGGACCGCCACACCCGCUCAAUAGCACCGAGCUUCACGGGCAGACACCUGCGUAUCCUCCGAUGCCGAACAGUGCCGAGUUGCACGCUCCAUAUGGUGUAGCCCAGAACCCAUCGCAACCGAUGCCCCAAGGUCCCUCGCCAGUUUCUCCCAUGAUGAACAAUGCUUCGGAGCUCCAGGGACAGGGGGCAAUCUAUCCAGGUCCGAAUCGUCAGGAGUUGCAAGGACACGCGGCACCUCCCCAGUUCAUGCCGAACAGACAUGAGAUGAUGGGACAACAGCGGGCGGUUGAACUACAGCCGACGGCGUGGCAAUCCGGUCCGGUGCCGGGAUUUCAUGAGAUGGAUGGAAAUGCAAGAGGGAGAGUUGAGAAAUCUUGA